CAUAAGUACACCUCUGUCGGGAGGAGGAUGUUUUUAACAAGCCUCGAAGUUAAUCGGACAGUCAGAAGUGGACCUCUCCCGUUUUGGAAAGUUGAAGUCGCUGUGGCGCGGUUCGUACAGACAGAAAGAAGCUUCAUUUUCCUGUAACUCUUCAAUGGCUACAACAAUGGAGACAUGCCAGAUGGGAAUGAAUGCCAUGGAGAAAAGGACUGUGAAUAUUAAGGAAGAGGACUGUGAAUGGGAACUGCACCACAAACAGGAGAGUCUGAACAUUAAAGAGGAGGAUUCUAAACAGGACAUAGUGGGCAUUAAAGACGAGUCUGAGGAGAAGCCUGUCAUCAGUGAUAUACUAGAGGAUAAACUAAUAGACAGAAUCAAGUAUGAAGGCCUUCAGUCGGAGCUCAUCUGUCAAUCUGGGGCUAAAGAGGAAGAUUCUAAACAGGACACAGUAAGCAUUAAGAAUGAGCCUGAGGAGAAGUCUGUCAUCCAUGAUAUACAAGAGGAUAAACUAAUAGACAGAAUCAAGUAUGAAGGCCUUCAGUCGGAGCUCAUCUGUCAAUCUGAGGCUAAAGAGGAGGAUUCUAAACAGGACAAAGUGGGCAUUAAGAAUGAGCCUGAGGAGAAGUCUGUCAUCCAUGAUAUACAGGAAGAUCAAGUAAUAGACCAAGUCAAGAAAGAAGACCUUCAGUCAGAGUCCGUCUGUCAAUCUGGGCCUAAAGAGGAGGAUUCUAAACAGGACACAGUGAGCAUUAAGGACAAGCCUGAGGAAAAGCCUAUCAUCAGUGAUAUACAGGAGGAUAAACUAAUAGACAGAGUCAAGAAAGAAGAUCUUCAGUCAGAGUCCAUCUAUCAGUUUGGGGCUCAAGAUGGAAGUGUAACAGGACUACUCUGCCCUCACAGUGGAGCCUCUGCUGUCCAGGAGCAUUCUGUCAGUGUGAAGUGUGAUGUUCGUGCUGAUGCAAAGAAAACUAAGAAAAGACUACCAAGGCCAUCAUCUACAAAUCAGACUAGUGGUAAGUUGAAACUGAAAGUGAACAAGCAAAAGAAAAGUGGAAAUCUAGCACAUUGUUCAGAAAAUGGCAUCCAGGAGAGCACCAGCUUUUCCCCAUCUUUACCUAUUAAGACUUUACUUCAAGACUGCCUGAAAUACAAACUGUGUAUAAAAAAGAAGAAAUCAACAUCUGGACCAGAGAUUUUAUCAAAGAUCUCUUUGCAGUUGAAUUCUCUGCCUGUUGUGAAGCUAACAAGGAUAGAUGUAAGUAACAUUCUACAACAGGUGAGCAAUGCAAAUUCUGGAGCUUUGUAUGUCCACCAAGAGUCAACAAAAUGUUUUAAAACAAAAUCUACAUACAAAGGCAAUCCAUCACACCAUGUAAAUCUAAAGCCACAUUGCUGUUCUGAAUGUGGGAUGCAGUUUUCACAGAGGCGCUAUCUGUAUAUCCAUAAAAGAAUCCAUACUGGAAAGGACUACGGCUGUUCUGAAUGUGGAAAACGCUUCCUAGAAAGGAGAGUUCUAGAGAACCAUGCUAGAAUUCACACGGGAGAGAAACCAUAUUCCUGUUCUGAGUGUGCAAAGCAAUUUUCUACCAAGAGUUAUCUUCAGAUCCAUGCAAGAGUCCACACUGGAGAGAAGCCUUUUGGCUGUUCUGAAUGUGGCAGAAGAUUCUCACAAAAGAGCACACUUCAGGCCCACACAAGAACUCAUACUGGGGAGAAGCCUUAUUGCUGUUCUGAGUGUGGCAAGAGCUUUUCCGAUAGACGCAGUCUUGAUAACCAUUCCAGAGAUCACACUGGAGAGAAACCCUAUUCCUGUCCUGAAUGUGGAAAACAAUUUUCAUACAUGAGGUUUCUUCAGAUCCACAUAAGAAAUCAUAGAGGAGAGAACCCUUAUUGCUGCUCUGAAUGUGGGAGAAGAUUCCUUUGCAAGAGCCACCUCAAAACACACUCUCGAGUUCACACUGGAGAGAAGCCAUAUGGCUGUUCUGAAUGCGGGAAACGAUUUUCACAAUUAAUGAGUCUGAAGUGUCACAAAAGAGUUCAUACUGGAGAGAAACCGUAUUCCUGUCCUGAAUGUGGAAAGCAAUUCUCCAGCAACAGCAAUUUUCACUCCCACAGAAGACUUCACACUGGAGAGAAGCCGUACAGCUGUUCUGAAUGUGGCAAGCAGUUCGCAGAAAAAGGUUCCCUUAAGAAACACACAAGGAUUCAUGCUGCAGUGAAGUCAAGUAAAAUGAAGGAAUUGUCCGAACUGAAAUCUACACCGUUAAUGACACUUGAAGUCGUGGAGGCGCAGCUGGUGCAGGGAGAAUGUGUGACGUCACAAAUGGACACUCCGGCCAUUUCAAGAUCUGGUAACAUGGCAAGAAGACGCCUGUCAAUGGAGUACAUUCUCGGAAUUCGGGAGCUUUAUCGACGCGAAGUUUAUCAUACUGCCUGGUCCGAGCUGAACGGGACAUUCGUCUACAUGAAUGUCAUGGAGAAAAUGACCGUAGAUAUUAAGGAGGAGGACUGUGAGUGGGAACAUGUGCACCAUGAGAAGGGGAGUGUGGACAUUAAAGAGGAGGAUUAUGAAGAGUUCACUGUGGGCAUUAAGGACGAGCCUGAGGAAAAGCCUUUCAUCAGUGAUAAUAUGCAGGGGCAUAAAAUUAUAAACCGAGUCAAGGAGGAAGACCCUCAGUCCGAGUCCAUCUGUAAGUCUCGGUGUCGAGAUGGAAGUGUAAGUGCAUUGGCCUGCCCUCAGAGUAGCAACUGUCCUGUCCAGGAGAAUUCAGCGAGUGUCAAGUCUGAUACUUAUUUAGACACAAAGACCACUGAGGAAUUAUCAAGGAGGACACUGGAAGGUCUGCCAUUGUCUACAAAUCAGUCUGGAGAUGAUAUUAAAUCUAAUAACAAAAGCAAUCCAUCAAAGCAUGUAAACCUAAAUUCACAUUGCUGUACUGAAUGUGGGAAGCAGUUUUCAAAAGAAGAAACUCUUAAGAGCCACCAAAGAAUUCAUAGUACAGAGGGACCGUACCGCUGUUCUGAAUGUGGGAAACAAUUUUCGCACGGAUGGUAUCUUCAGAUCCACACAAGAAUCCAUACUGGAGAGAAGCCGUACGGCUGUUCUGAAUGUGGCAAAAAAUUCUCCCAAAAGAGCUCGCUUCAGGCCCACAUGAGAAUUCACACUGGGGAGAAGCCAUUUUGCUGUUCUGAAUGCGGCAAACAAUUUUUUCAUAAGAGCAAUCUGAUCAGCCACACGAAAAUUCAUACUGGAGAGAAGCCGUUUUGCUGUACUGAAUGUGGUAAAAGAUUUUCAUUCAGGCACAAUCUUCAGAACCACACAAGGACCCAUACUGGAGAGAAACCGUUUGUCUGUUCAGAAUGUGGAAAGGAAUUUGCAAGAAAGGGUGACCUUCAGGACCAUGCAAGAAUUCACACUGGGGAGAAACCAUAUUGCUGCUCAUACUGUGGCAAAGGAUUUGCACAGAAAGGUGAUCUCCGAAGCCACACAAGAAUUCACACUGGGGAGAAACCUUAUGUCUGUUCUGAAUGUGGCAAGCAAUUCUCCAAAUCAAGCUCGUUUCAUCAACACAAAAGAGUUCACACUGGAGAGAAGCCCUACUGCUGUCCACAGUGUGGCAAACAAUUUACCUACAAUUAUCGUCUUCAGACCCACUUAAGGGCUCACAGUGGAGAAAUGCCAUAUUCCUGUUCUGAAUGUGGGAAACGGUUCUCCUGCAGCAGCAGUCUUAAUGUUCACCAGAGAAUUCACACUGGAGAGAAGGCAUAUGCCUGUCAAGAAUGUGGCAAACAAUUCCUGAAAAAGGGCAAUCUGGACAGCCACGCAAAAAUUCAUACUGGGGAGAAGCCAUUCUGCUGUUCUGAAUGUGGAAAAGGAUUCACACGAAAGGUGGAUCUUCAGAACCAUGUAAGAAUUCAUACUGGUGAGAGGCCAUAUGGCUGUCCUGAAUGUGGGAAACAGUUCUCCACAAGCAGUACUCUUUACACCCACAAAAGAAUUCACACUGGAGAAAAGCCGUACUCCUGUUCUGAGUGUGGGAAACGGUUCUCUCACAAGGGCAAUCUUCAAAGCCACACGAGAGUACACAGCAAAUAGGACUACAGGAUUUUAACUCGGAGUGACUGAAUUUUGUAUUGGUAAAUACAGCUAGAGAUUCUGGAAGGAGAGCUGAAAUUAAGGAAUGCAAUAAGAGUGGAGAGAGGACAAUAAGUAGUUGAGGUGCCACCUUGCUUACCCCAUUUAUGGAAGCUGGAUUUUUUUCCUUCAAAACUUUGCAAAAAAUAAGCUUUGAAUAUUCCAGGGCUGAUGGUCCUAUCAGAUAAAAGAUCUUCUGUUCAGGCUGGUUCUCGCCAGGAUCCAUCAUGUUUAAGAGCUGCUCCCUGAAUGAACCCUAACUUCCAGGUGCUUUAUUCCUUAUACAGUGGGUACGGAAAGUAUUCAGACCCCCUUCAAUUUUUCACUCUUUGUCAUAUUGCAGCCAUUUGCUAAAAUCAUUUAAAUUAAUUUUUUCCCUCAUUAAUGUACACACAGCACCCCAUAUUGACAGACAAAAAAAAGAAUUUUUGAAAUUGUUGCAGAUUUAUUAAAAAAGAAAAACUGAAAUAUCACAUGGUCCUAAGUAUUCAGACCCUUUGCUCAGUAUUUAGCAGAAGCACCCUUUUGAGCUAAUACAGCCAGGAGUCUUCUUGGGAAAGAUGCAACAAGUUUUUCACACCUGGAUUUGGGGAUCCUCUGCCAUUCCUCCUUGCAGAUCCUCUCCAGUUCUGUCAGGUUGGAUAGUAAACGUUGGUGGACAGCCAUUUUUAGGUCUCUCCAGAGAUGCUCAAUUGGGUUUAAGUCAGGGCUCUGGCUGGGCCAUUCAAGAACAGUCACAGAGUUGUUGUGAAGCCACUCCUUCGUUAUUUUAGCUGUGUGCUUAGGGUCAUUGUC